AUGUUCCCUCCAGCCAGUGAGCGUCUGCCUCGACGGUGCUCUCGUCAUCGCCUCCAUCCUCGGUCGUCCAUUGGUCGGACGGCCGGUUGCCGACCCGGUUGCCCGGUUGCCGGGUGGAACGGACCAACUGGUCUCGCUAUAAGAAUGGCCAAGGCGGCAUUCUGGUCUCUUGGACACCGACUCGCCUCUUCGUCGCCACCGUCUGCCGCGGAAAGUAUGAAAGCUUCAAUCGGCCACAUGACGCCGUCUCAUCUGGCGCUGCUCGUCUGCCUCGUCGUCAUGUUGCUGGCCGUCUGCAUGGCGACAGCUUCGCCAGCCUUCCACGAUCGGGUAAGACGAGGCGGUUUUUACAAAUGUACCCUUCUCCCUGAACAACCGGACAGCGGACAAACGGCUCGUCCGCUUGUCGACCAAAGAGGAUUGUGUCUGCUUCGAGUUUGCGGGUAG